AUGAAAGCUAAAAAGACUAAAGGCUUCAAAAAGAAUUUAUCCUUUUAUAGAAUAAACUUUUCAUUUCAGCCACCUUAUCAAUUAGUCUUUGAUGGAAAUUUUAUAAAGUAAAUGCUCGAUCAUAAUGUUGAUCUUGAUAAAGUAAUUUAUUUCAUGUAUAUAUCAUAGUAACUUUUUAAACACACAAAAGCUAAAAUUUGGAAACACACAACUAUCUGUGUGCUCAGAGAAUUAACCAGUUUAUAGCAUUUAUUUCCAAGAGUCUUCAAAUAUGCUCAAGGAUUAUCUAAGAUUAAUUGCAAGCAUAUUGAGGGGGUGAGUCCAGCUGAAUGCUUAUUAGAUAUUGUCAAACCAAAACCGGAGUUUGGAGGAGACAAUAAUUAUUUUUGGAUCUGUACAUAAGAUGAUGAAUUAAGAUCCAAUUUAUUGUAAAUAGAUCAUGUACCUGUAUGUUAUCUCUUUUAAAACAAUCUAUUUGAAAUGGCAGAACCAUCUAGAACUUGUAAGAUGAGAAUUAAGAGUCUCAAAGAAAUAAAAUACUUGCCUAAUGAAUAAGAGAAAUAGAUUAUAAUGCCAAUUAAAAAGGAAAUUAAAUAAUAAUAAGCAGAAAAGAGAAUGGAGAAGGAAAGAAAGUUAGCCUAGGAACUAGCUAUAAAAAUUAAGAAACCUGCAAAGGGACCCAAUCCUUUAUCUGUUAAGAAGAAAUUAGGGAAAGUCACGAAAAGUAUCAAAAAAAGAAGACAUAAAAUCAAGAAUAAAAAAUCAAGGAGAUCGAAUAAGCAGGGUGUGAAUAAUGAAAUUAUUGAACAAAAUUCUUGA